GGCAGUGGCGGGCCCCUCCCCCGGCGGGGCGGGGCGCUGUGCCGGAAGCGGGGCUGGCAGCGGCGAGCGGCCGCCAUGAGCCGCCUGCGGGAGGAGGACGACCCGUACGUGGUGGAGGAGCCCAGCGACGAGGAGCGAGCGCUCAGCAGCUCAGAAGAUGAGGUUGACGUGCUCUUACACGGCACUCCGGACCAGAAGCGGAAGCUGAUACGGGAGUGCCUGACCGGGGAGAGCGAGUCUUCCAGUGACGAUGAGUUCCAGAAGGAGAUGGAAGCCGAACUGAACACCACCAUGAGGACUAUGGAAGUCAAAUGGAAAUCACCAGAAAUGGGCACUUCUUCAAGUACUGGGCAGACUGGACCUGCCACCACUACAAAAUAUUAUGAUGACAUCUACUUUGAUUCUGAUUCAGAGGAUGAAGACAAAACAGUUACACAGGACAUCCGGAAAAAAAGAAAACAGCAGCAACGUCAGAUUCUCUCAAAUGAUGAACUGCUAUAUGACCCAGAAGAAGACAGCAGAGACCAAGAGUGGGUAGACUCACAGAGGAGGGGGUAUCGUAAUCAGAGAAGAGUGCCUCAACAGCAGCGGACAAAACCUUCAGCUGUUCCAAAUAGUGAUGCUGUUUUGAAUUGCCCUGCUUGCAUGACAACAUUAUGCCUGGAUUGCCAGAGACAUGAAUCUUACAAAACACAGUAUAGAGCAAUGUUUGUGAUGAACUGCAUUGUUAACAAAGAGGAAAUUCUGAAAUACAGAAAGAAGAUAAAGAAAAGAAGUAAGAAAAUGAAGCACAGCAAAGAAACUACCUCUAUACAAGCUAAUCAAGAAGAGGAGGAAGUGUAUCAUCCAGUAUUAUGUACUGAAUGUUCAACUGAGGUGGCAGUAAUGGACAAAGAUGAAGUUUUUCACUUCUUCAAUGUUCUAGCCAGCCACUGCUGAUGUGUAAAGGCAGGAGAAAAAAAUCAUGCACUGUUUUAAGACUGAAGUGUCAGAAAUGCAGGCAUGUUAGUCUUUUUCAAAUACAGUCUUUUAGUGUACGUUUUCAUCAGAGAAGUUUUUAAUUAUUGGUAUUUUGAAAAGUUUGAACAGAGUACAGUGCAUUUGAAAACAAUACUCUUUUCACACCAUCAGGUGGUUGCAUCACUGAGGAUUUAAAAUUUUGUAAAUAUAAUGUAUUAUCUGUGUAUUCUGCUCAUUCCCUGUAUAUAUGCUAUCCAUUAUCUCAACGUGUAUUAGAACUGCUUAGAAUAAAUACUGUAUAGUAACUGGUUCUA